AUGCUACAUGUGGUUCAAGUAGAUAAUUUAAAUGUACGACCAUUGCCAAGUCAUCAAGAAAGCCAAGGACGGAGGACUGUUGGAUCAGAGAGCAGUCGUCCAACUACACAAGAUGAUGGAAAUAAAUGGAGUUCUCCAGCGUAUACUGCUGAAGAUAUCCCAUGCCCCUCUUAUGUUAUCCCCACGUUAUCUGGGGUGAGUUGUGGAGUAAUAGAAGUUGGGAAAGUUUUUGAGAACAAGUUAGAGUUGAAGACGAAGGCACACUUGUAUGCAAUGAAGCAGAACUUCGAGUUUGUGGUGAAGAAGUCAGUCGCGCUGGAUGCAAAUAACCAUCUAUAUCCAGUUGCAUUUGGUAUUGUGGAUAGUGAGAAUCAUGAUUCUUGGAAGUAUUUCAUGUCAAAGCUAAAAGAAGCGAUUGGGGAAGUCGAGGACCUGGCGUUUGUAUCUGACAGGCAUGCAAGUAUUACACAUGCCUUGGAAACUAUUUUCCCCGAUGCCUAUCACGGUGCUUGCUACCACCACAUUAGUAUGAAUGUGGUUGCUAAAUUCAAGACUGAUCAUUGUCAUGUGUUGAUGUAUAAUGCGGAAUAUGCUUUUAGGAAAUUCGAGUUCCACGCUAACUUCGAAAAAAUCAAAUCAAAAGACUCAGCCAUUGCUCAAUACCUAGAAGGAAUGGGUUUUGAUAAGUGGUCCCGUGCUUACUUUCCUGGAAAUAGGUAUAAUAUAAUGACAAGCAAUUACGCUGAAAGUUUCAACAAUAAGACCCGGGACGCUAGGAGCUUUCCGAUAACUACAUUCGUCGAAUUUAUUCGCUUCACACUACAGUCCUGGUUCUGUAAUAGGAGAGAAACUAGCGAGAAGACAACUACCACUCUUGCACCGACCUAUGAGAAAAAUUUGGUGGAUAUGGCUGAGAAAGCUCGAUUCUUGAUUCCUUAUGCAAUAGGGAGGCAUGAGUCCAUGUAUUACUAUAAAAUUGAGACAUGGAGGUCCUCUUACACAGAAUCUAUAUAUCCUACUGGUAACGAGGAAGAGUGGAUUGUUCCACAUGACAUUAUGACAAUAACAGUGAGAACACCUGCGCAGAAAAACCCGGUUGGUCGUCCAAAGAAGAAACAAGGUAGGCCUAAGAUGAAACGCCAUCCUUCCAAUGGAGAUAAAUUGGUUGUUCCACGCAAGUGCAGCACUUGUGGAGGUCUAGGCCAUAAUAGGGCAACUUGUAAAGUUCGUGUUUGA